GAUCAAUCAUGGUAUUUCGAUUUCCCAAAUUUUCUCAACUCCAAACCUAAAAUCCAGAUUUUCAAAAAUUCCAGAAAAUUAAAAGUUCAAUAAAAUGGCUGAAAAACCACCGCCAAAACCGAUUUUACCUCAAGAUUGGGAAUCUUUAGUUGAAGAUUUCCAGUACGGCGGUUUCCGCCGCGAGAAAUGGCGGUCCCUUUCCCCUUCCGUCGUCGAACUCGCCCUUUCAUCGAUCCUCAAAAAGGAAUUCCCUUUCAAAAUCCCUCUCGUAAUCUUCCUCGACGAAUUUUCCGAUCUAUUGUUCCCCCAAGAUCCAUCACUCGCUUCCCUUAUGGACCGCCUCGUCGAAACCCUACGCGCCGUUGUCCAAUCCCCGAACGACGGUGUCCACGUCACUUACGCAUUGAAAGAACAGAUGAUGGUUUCGACGACCUCGAUUUUGAUCUCCACCAACUCAGUCGAGUCCGUCGAGGUUCGGUUUACGGAAUCCGUGGUCGAACUUUUAUUAGCGGUUAUAAACCGGCCGAACCAUGGACCGGACCGCCACGCACGUGCCACUGCUUGUGAGUGUCUACGUGAGUUGGAGAAAGCUUACCCUUGUUUACUCUCUGAUAUUGCUGGUCAUUUAUGGAGCUUAUGCCAAAGCGAACGAACCCAUGCUUCGCAAAGUUACAUUUUGUUGUUUACAACUGUGAUUCAUAGUAUCGUGAAUCGAAAGUUAAGUGUUUCAAUUUUGAAUACUUCGGUUCCUUUGAUUCCUUUUAAUGUACCGCAAUGCGUUGUAGAAUUAGAAAAGGAAGGGUUGUUAGAGUUGAAUUAUAAGGAAUUGAGAAGAGCAAUGUCGUUUUUAUUGGAAUGGCCACAAGUUUUAACUCCUUGUGGGAUGAUGAUUUUUAUGGGAAUGAUAAUGCCAUUAGCAGUAGCUUUAGAUUUACAGCCUUCUAUGCUUAAAGUUCAGUUCUUUGGGAUGAUUUAUUCAUUUAAUCCUUUAUUGUAUCAUGUUGUUUUGGUCAUGUAUUCGCAUUUUUCCGAAGCAUUUAACGAGCAGGAAAUUGAGAUUGUGAGAAGACUUUAUUUGGUUUCAUUGGAAACACAGCAACAUUUGGUGUUUCGAUUGCUUUCAGUGCAUUGGUUGAUGGUUUUUCUGAAUAGGUUGAUGGUCGGGAGGAAGAAGUCGAUUGUAGAAACGGGUUUCAUGUUUUAUCCGAGCGUGUUUGAUCCACUUUCGUUGAAAGCAUUAAAGCUAGAUUUACUUGCUUUCUGUUCUGUUUGUAUCAAUAAGUUGAAUCCUCAAAGUGUUUCAGAUAUGGAAGGGAAUUCAGUAGUGAAGCUCUUUCAGGGUGGUCUAGUAUCGGUUUUGGGUUUCAAAUGGUUGCCUCCUUGGAGCAUGGAAACCGCAGUGGCAUUCCGUACUUUCCAUAAGUUUUUGAUAGGCGCAUCAUCUCAUUCCGAGGCCGAUCCUUCCACCACCACUGCACUUAUGGAAUCUGCCAUUUUCAAUCAUUUAAAGGGGAUGUUUGUUGACUUGAUACUGGAGUUUCAGAGAUUGGUUCCAGUCAUUGUUGCUUUUAUUGACCGUUUGUUAGGCUGUCAAAAGCAUCUUUGGUUGGGAGAACGUCUGCUUCAAACGAUCGAUGCAAAUCUGCAUCCAAGAGUUGCAAUUGAUUAUAGACUAGUUUCAUACUUCCCGAUUUUCGAUAGGAUUGCUGAAAAUCAAACAAUACCUCCGCGUAGGUUGUUAGAGCUACUAACCAAGUUCAUGGCUUUCCUUGUUGAGAAACAUGGACCAGACACAGGUGUAAAAUCUUGGUCUCGGGGUAGUAAGGUCCUCGGCAUUUGCAGAACCAUGCUAACUCACCAUCAGAGCUCUCGUUUAUUCCUUGGUUUAUCCCGUCUCCUUGCGUUCACCUGCCUUUACUUCCCUGACUUGGAGGUUCGUGACCACGCAAGGAUCUACUUGAGGAUGCUGAUUUGUGUACCCGGAGUGAAGCUUAGAGGAAUGCUAAACCUCGGGGAGCAACUCCUUGGUAUUUCCCCCUCGUCUCAUUCCGGAUCAUUCUUCAACGUGCCAUCUCCUCGACAUUCUCAGGAUCCCAAGAAAUUAAAGAACAUCGCAUCCUAUAUCCAUCUCGAGCGGAUGAUACCACUACUUGUCAAACAGGCUUGGUCGUUGUCUUUAUUACCUUUAAGGGUCGGGAGUAACAAAAUGGAUUUUUCUGGUGGCUUUAGGGAUGGUGAAGCCUCGACAGAUGAAAGAGAACUUGAUGCCAAUAUACAAGUUGAGACUGUAUUAGACGGUCAGGUAACGGAUAAACCACAGGCGCCAUUAUAUGUGAUGGACUCGAAAGUUUCAGAGAUUUUAGCGAUAUUAAGGAGACAUUUCUCGUAUAUUCCUGAUUUUAGACAUAUGCCGGGGCUUAGGGUUAAAAUUCCGUGCUAUUUGAGAUUUGAUGCGGAGUCUUUCAAUAAUGUUUGGGGAGAUGAGUCCCCGAAAAGUGGGUUGCACGGAGUAGAUGCCCUCCCUGCCAUAUAUGCUACAGUGUUGAAAUUCUCAUCGUUGGCACCAUAUGGGUCGAUUCCGACAUGUCACAUACCCUUUCUUCUCGGUCAACCUCCAACUAGUGGUGAUUUUCGUGAUGAAAAUGUUUCACUAGACAUCGUUGCUACACUCGAUGGUGAUGGUGGUAGAGAAGAAGAUAUCUAUAAAGCUCCUGCGAUGAUCGAAUUGGAACCACGUGAGCCAACUCCUGGUAUGGUUGAUGUUUUCAUUGAAACAAACGGGGAAGAUGGUCAAAUCAUCACGGGACAGUUGCAAAGUAUUACGGUUGGCAUUGAAGAUUUGUUUCUUAAAGCUAUUGCCCCACCAGACAUCCGAGAAGAUGUUUUACCUGAUUACUAUUCAGAUUUGUUCAAUGCCUUGUGGGAUGCAUGUGGUACUACUUCCAAUACCGGGCGGGAGAUUUUCCCCUUAAAGAGUGGCAAAGGGUUUGCAGCCAUUCAUGGAACCAGAUCCGUGAAGUUGCUUGAGAUUCCUCCAUAUGCUUUAAUUCGUGCCACUGAACAUUAUCUGGCACCAUUUGUAGUUAGCGUGAGCGGAGAUCGUCUCAUUGACAUGGUAAAGGAUAAUGGAAUUAUCAGAGAUGUUGUUUGGCAAGAUGAAGCCUCUGGACAUUUGCUUGAAGCCCCCACCUCAGUUGCCGAACCGGACAGUAUGCCUCUUUAUCUUACUUUAGUCGAGAACGAAGAAGAGCAGGAAAGUCAGUUAAACAUCGGCAAAAGAAGUAUCGGUUGCAUCCAUGUCUUGAUUUUUCUUCCCCCAAUGUUCCAUCUCUUGUUACAAAUGGAAGUAAGUGAUGCUUCGACUUUAGUUCGUAUUCGUACCGAUCAUUGGCCAUGCUUAGCUUACAUCGAUGAUUACUUGGAGGCAUUGUUUUUGUCAUAAAUUUGAUUGCACGAACCAGUUGGGUUAAAACUUCGAGUUUUGCCAGUUGGAUGCCAUUUUUAAAAGGUGAUUGCUUGAACUAAUCGUGCUAAACUUCAAGGCUUCAUUCGACAUGGUUCGAACUUCACUCUGGUUGGUGCCGUUUUUUUAAAGGUGAUUUGCAUGGAUUAAUUGAAUUAAACUUCGAGAUUUCACUGCAUUACGGUUAAAUACAACCCGUUGUGGUGAAACUUUUUGCAUAUGUUCAUGUAUUUUUUUUUUUAAGAUGAUAUGUGCAUUUUGUUAGGAAAGGGGAGCUUUUUGCACCCAUUUUGUUCAUGUAAUGCUGUUAGGGCAAAAAAAAUGCCCCUGCAACACAUCUCAGGACUUUGUAUUUUUUUAAAUAAUAAUAAUAAUAAUAAUAAUAAUUUUCCGUGUA